AUGAGGCCCCGAGGGGACAUCCUGGAGGACUCCCUGGAGGAGGUGUGCGAGCUGAUCUUGAGAUAUGAAGUCACGCACGGCUUCCCCGGGCACUGCCCGGAGCCGGGGUUAAACAGCACCUCUAAGGGUGACACGAGCCUGACACCAGGCUUUGUCUUUUGUGCUGGCUCCAUUUUCGGAGGCACCUUCGUCCUCACGUGCUCGGGAGCAGGUGUGAUGAAAGCCACCAGGACCCUUGAGCAGCCUCAGGACAGUGAAGGUGGCCGUCAUGACCCUCACACCAACACCGUGCCUGUCACACUUGCACCCAUGGACACUGCCUGGCUCUACCCUGCACUUCGGCACCCAUGGCACUGCUUGCUAGAGACUAAACAUUCGGCCUUCCCCAGUGAUCUGUCCAAAGCAAGUGUGGCCCACGCCCCAGGGCAGGGGUCAUACAGGUGUGGCCUGCACACAAGGGUGCAGGCUAUCGGCCCCAUCUGGGAUUCCACCUACUGCAUCAGACAGGGAGGAGGCAAGCACCCGCUGCUGGAAGGCCUCAAGAACGGCACGUGUCAAGGCUCCGAGGUGGACAAGUCCAGCAUGGUGGUCGAGCAGCUCCAGGAGAGAGUGGGGGGCAGCGGCAGCUGGUCAGCGGUGGGUGUGCCCGCAGACACGCCCCGCCCAGGCGGGUCCACGCACAACGCAAGACACAGCGGAGGCCACCACGGCCCCUACGAACUCACCGCGGGGACCCCAGCUCCCUCUGCCCUCAGCUCCAGGCCAGGCAGCCCCGCAGGACAAUCGCUGCCGCCCACCCUCCUCAGCUUUGAGCCAGCCUCAGACCAUGCAGCCUGCACCAGAUUCACAGAGUCCCUGCGGGCCCCGCCCAGGACAACUCUUACCAUCCUAGCUCCCACAUCUGGAAUCUCCGAGUCCGGCCUGGCCUGGAGCUACUUCCCGCUGCGGGCUCUGCUGGUGCCAAGCCUGGUUCAGGAGCCUCGCGUUGGCCUCUCUGCCAAGAUGGCAGCACUCUUCUUGAGAGGCUGCUCACCCAGCUGGAAGCGCCUGCUACGGGGCUGCCUCAUCGUCUUCACCGUGGUGGGCAACGUGCUGGUGGUGAUCGCCGUGCUGACGAGCCGGGCGCUGCGCGCGCCGCAGAACCUCUUCCUGGUGUCGCUGGCCUCGGCUGACAUCCUGGUGGCCACGCUGGUCAUGCCCUUCUCGCUGGCCAAUGAGCUCAUGGCCUACUGGUCCUUCGGGCAGGUGUGGUGCGGCGUGUACCUGGCGCUGGACGUGCUGUUCUGCACCUCCUCCAUCGUGCACCUGUGCGCCAUCAGCCUGGACCGCUACUGGUCCGUCACGCAGGCGGUCGAGUACAACCUGAAGCGCACGCCGCGCCGCGUCAAAGCCACCAUCGUGGCCGUGUGGCUCAUCUCGGCCGUCAUCUCCUUCCCGCCGCUCGUCUCGCUCUACCGGCAGCCGGACAGCGCCGCCUACCCGCAGUGCGGCCUCAACGACGAGACCUGGUACAUCCUCUCCUCGUGCGUCGGCUCUUUUUUCGCGCCCUGCCUCAUCAUGGGCCUGGUCUACGCGCGCAUCUACCGCGUGGCCAAGCUGCGCACGCGCACGCUCAGCGAGAAGCGCCCGCCCGGCGGCCCCGACGGCGCGUCCCCGACCUCCCCGGGCCCCAGCGGGCGCCUGUCGCGCGCCAGCUCGCGCUCCGUCGAGUUCUUCCUGUCGCGCAGGCGCCGAGCGCGCAGCAGCGUGUGCCGCCGCAAGGUGGCCCAGGCGCGCGAGAAGCGCUUCACCUUCGUGCUGGCGGUGGUCAUGGGCGUGUUCGUGCUGUGUUGGUUCCCGUUCUUCUUCAGCUACAGCCUGUACGGCAUCUGCCGUGAGGCCUGCCAGGUGCCGGACCCGCUCUUCAAGUUCUUCUUCUGGAUCGGCUACUGCAACAGCUCGCUCAACCCGGUCAUCUACACCGUCUUCAACCAGGACUUCCGCCGCUCCUUCAAGCACAUUCUCUUCCGGCGGAGGAGAAGGGGCUUCCGGCAGUGA